AUGGAGAUUGAGGUUGAGAAUGAGACCUUGAAGUUGGUCAGGAACAAUUUGGUUCAUAAUUUAUUAUGGAAGGAAGUUGAAAUUUGUGAUGAAACAAUUAGUUUUGAAGGUGAAGUUUUACAAUUGAUAGUAGGAAGACCUGUUCAUGAUGGCGAAGAUAUUCAUGAGACAAAGGUUGGUAAAGAAUAUGUUUUACCUGUAGAGAUGUCACAGUAUCAAGAUGGCUAUCUUACUUUGGAGUGCAUCGAUCAGGUAUUUAGUAAGUUAUGUCCUUCUGAAGUAGAAAGAAUAAUACUAGCAAUUGCCAAUGAUGAUGGAACUGUUGUGUUUUAUUAUAUAUACAAAGGUUUGCAUAAACCUAGGAAAAACAACUGA